GGAAUGGGAGGGGAAAGGGGAGGGACAUGGGGAAGGAGAGGGCAGGUAAAGGAAUGGAAAUGGAAGACGAAGGUGGGAGGAAAUGAAAUGCGACUACGACGGGCACAGUGACCUCCACGUCGGGAUCAGCAAUUGCCAGGGUGUGGUGUACAACUAUGACCAGGAGGGUGUGCACAGGGAUGGCAGGGGCUGGGAGCAGUGCAUCAGCGUCGCCCUGGUGCAGCCGGACAUGUGGGAGCUCCUGCAGCAGUGGGACAACCUCCUGGAGGAGUUCUCCUUGGAAGAGGCCUGGCUCCCUGACAGGUACGAGGAGCAGCAGCACAACUGUUUCACCUUCGCCCUGGCCUUCGUCAACCGUGUGCGGCAGGGCCGGGGCCGGGAGCCCCUGAGCAAAGCCCAGUUCACCGAGAGCUUCGUGCUCCCCCACACCAGGGAGGCCUCCAGGUACCUCACCCUGCACCAGCAGCUGGCUCACAGGGACUUCUACAUCGUGCCCUUGGCUGAGCAGGAGCAGGACUGUGUGGCUGGAAACCAGAGCCUGCUGGAGUAGCAGUGGGAAAGGCAGGCUGCACAGCUCAGGGUCAGGGUUUAAAGGCGUUAAAUCAGCAUUACCUUCGCCCUGCCCCUCAGGGAGGGGUCAGGAUAAUGAGCUUGUGCAUUUCAGUGAAGUAACACAACGUACACACAACAGAAUUCCUGUGGAAAAAUGUUUUCUGAUUUAACAUUCCUUAUGUGCUCUAUUCUGCAAAGACCUCACACCAGAAAUCAGAACGGCUGUGGAAUUCAGGGCUUUACAAAUGAACCGGGAACUUCAGCUGUAGCAAACCAAAGCGGCUUUUUCCUGUCACCUUUGUUUACUGAUGUGUGAAAAAAAGGGAACAUGUGCUUGUGUGCUGCUGAGAUCCCAAAUUCCUGUCUGACUGUGAAUUUCCUUUCCUUUAAUUACUAAUAAAUAUACCAGCAAAUAA